AUGCGAAACGAUCAACAAACAGCAGACCCUGCCGAGUCCCUUGAGGCGACCGUGGCGACACGACUUCGAGAGCGCAAACGGCCCAUACGCACCUAUGGCCGGCGGGCGAUUAACCCAAGGGAACGAGAUCAAGACUCCAAGCAACGAGACAGGGUCACUCAGUCCUGUACCCCCGAUUUGGACCGCGGGGAUUCGCCGACCCAGUUCUCUACAUUUUCAACGCCCACGAACCCAAGAUCGAGAAACCACCUGGCCAUGCAAAGUCGGGGCUCGAUUCUCGCAUACUUCAAGCCUCUUUCCUCGAGCCCCGAAAAAACAAUAUCCGAUGCCGCAUUCUCCGAUCGCGCGUCAUCACCCACGCCUUCAUCUUCACCUCCAUCCCCUUCGCACACGCGGAAACGGCGGAGACUUACCACACGGCCAAUGCUUGGUGACUUGGGCGGGCAUCGGGGUUGUUACACUCUGGACAGCGCAUUGGACGAACAACACGGCGAUUUGCAGAUCAACGAAGACACGAUCGUGGUGAAGGCAGAAGGGUACGAUGUGCUGGGAUCGGCUUUGAGCGAGGUGCCGCCAAAUACGUUAGAUCGCUCAAGCGCGACUGAGAGCUCGCCAAAAGAUGAAGCGACAGUAAUCAAGAAAUCGCUCGGCAAACGGUCGGCACGGGAAUUGACACAGACGACACUGAGCCUCUCGCUGCAAAAGGAGCCUGGCUUCACAAUUUGCAGCGUCUGCGAUAUCCUUUACAAUCCCCUGAACGAAAAGGAUAGGAAAGAACACAAUCGACGGCACGCUGCCUUUUCCCGGAAUAUUCGAAGACGGACCCAGUGA